AUGGAGUAUGGCUACAGCCGCGACGCCGUGGGAUUCAAGAUACACGUGGGGGACUCGCUGAAAUUCUUCCAGUUCCAGACCUCCCACGGCAGGGAGAUCCACCAUGCCAUGCAGACGCACUUCAACGACGACAAAGCUCACCGCGACGCCAGGCGAAGGGAGUGCCAGCACAACGCGCCGAUGCUGGGGGAUGGGGGUGGGGCGGCUGGGGAUGGGGGUUUGGAGGGGGGAGGAGGAGGAGGGGGGUUGAACCAAGAAGUGGCAGCGCGGGUGGCAGCAGAGGCGAAGCUUCAGGGUGAGCUGCAGACAGGGAAGGCUUUUGAGUUGUCUCAAAGGUCUUCUCUUUUUCCCUGUGUGCUAGUACGCCCGUUCACGCCGUCCCCCUUCACCCACCAGUUGAACCAAGAAGUGGCAGCGCGGGCAGCAGCAGAGGCGAAGCUGCAGAGCGAGCUGCAGGCGGUGAAGGAGGCGCUGAGGCAGAGCGAGGUGGCGCGCGAGGAGGUGGUGGAGGAGCGGGCCAGGCUAGCCUAG